AUGACCCAGCGCGACACCGAGCGGGAAGCCGGCUCCGGCUCCGGCGGCCAAGCCACCGAGUUCGACGUCGAGUUUCUCGGCCGACAGCGGCCGGCCGUCUUCAAUUCCCAAUGGGCCGAACUGGGCUUCUGCUUCUCCCUCUUGGGAUCCAUGCUGAUGGCUGAAUACUUUGUCAGUGGCUUUCACAUCAUCCUUCCGCCUCUCGCCGGGGAACUCGACAUCCCCGCGGCCUCCCAGACAUGGCCCUCGAGCGUCUUCUCCCUCGUCACCGGCGCGUUUCUUCUCCCGCUCGGCAGACUAGGCGACAUGUACGGCGGCUACCUGACCUUCAACGCCGGCCUCGCCUGGUUCUUCAUCUGGUGCCUCGUCGCCGGCUUCAGCAACAACUACAUGAUGCUCAUCGUCUGCCGAGCCCUCCAGGGUCUCGGCUCCGCGGCCUACCUCCCCGCAGGCAUCAUGCUGCUGGGCAAGAUCUACCGCCCGGGUCCCCGCAAAAACCUCGUCUUUGCACUGUACGGCGCCUUCGCGCCCAUCGGCUUCUUCUUUGGUAUCCUCAUCGGAGGCGUCUCUGGCCAGUUCCUCAGCUGGCGCUGGUACUUUUGGCUCGGCAGCAUCGUCCUGGGCAUCAUCGCGGCGGUGUCCUUUGUCACGAUCCCGCGCGACUACCAUGACAAGCGCCAGGAGAUCCGCAUGGACUGGUGGGGCGCCGCGACCAUUGUCCCCGGCUUGUUGCUGGUGGUGUACGCCAUCACGGACAGCUCGCACGCGCCCCAAGGAUGGGCGAGCCCCCAGAUCCUCGUGACCCUGAUCCUCGGCGUCGCACUCCUCGUGGCGGCGUGGUACGUCGAGAGCCGCGUGUCCGCCAACCCGCUGCUGCCCGGCGACCUCUUCGCGCCCAAGUCCAUGAAGACGCUCGUGGCCGCCCUGUUCUUCGCCUACGGCACCUUUGGCCUCUUCCUCUUCUACUCGAGCUUCUACAUCGAGACGGUGCUGCACAUGUCGCCGCUGUUGACGGCGGUGUGGUACGUCCCCCUCAUCGUCGGAGGCAUCAUGAUCGGCACCGUGGGCGGCUUCACGCUGCACCUGCUACCGGGCCGAGUCCUCCUGGCCAUCUCGGGCACAGGCAACCUCCUGAGCGUGCUGCUCUUCGCCAUCAUGCCGGACAACCCCAACUACUGGGCCUACGUCUUUCCGGCCAUGAUCUGCGGCACCAUCGGCAUCGACAUCACCUACACGGUCAGCAACGUCUUCAUCACGACGAACCUGCCCAGCCACCGCCAGGGUCUCGCGGGCGCGCUCAUCAACAGCCUCCUGUUCCUGGGCAUCAGCUUCUUCCUCGGCAUCGGCGACGUCGUGGUCGGCGAGACGACGGACCUCGGGCUGAAGAAGAGCUACCAGGCGGCCUUUUGGCUGGCCACCGGCGUCGCUGCCGUCGCGCUGGUGCUCUACGCCCUCGUCCGCAUCGGUUCCGCCAAGAGCGACCUCACAAUGGAAGAGCGUGAGCAGCUCGCGGCGGCGGAAGAAGCUCGACUUCGGUCGCUGGAGACCACGACGCACGACGAUGCAAACGACCAGGACACGUCGGUGACGGCGACCGACACCGAUGCGGAAAGAUGUAAGUCGCCUGCGCCGGAGGAACAGGUCGUCCCGGGGAGGUGA